AUGGAUGCCAUGAGCCGUGCACUAUGCGGGGUGGCCCGAUCACCUUUCUUAGACGAGGUUAAACAUAAACAGAUGUCGAGGAGAUUUAGUAGACCACAGUUUAUUUCGUAUGAUGGAGAGGCAAAUCCCAUCGAACAUGUUAGUCAUUAUAUUCAGAUGAUGUCUCUCUACAAUCAAAAUGAUGCGCUCAUGUGUAAACUGAGUACCGCAACUGGUGGGUGCGUUGCUCUUUAUGAAGAUGGAGCCAAGGAAACUCUUUGGAGUUAUGUGAAUAGGUAUUGGGAGUUGUAUAAUGAGAUUGGUAAGGGUAAUGAGAAGGUGGCCGCUAGUACCUUUAGACUGGGUUUGCCGGAGGACUCGGAGUUACGGGAGUCGUUAACUAUGAGGCCUCUCGAGAGCAUGCGACAACUUAUGAGAUGUAUUGAGAAGUAUAAAGGGCUGGAAGAUGAUCGACAACAAAGUAAAGAUAAAGCACCUACCACGUCGCAGUACACAAAGGAGUCUUGGCUAGGGGGCUUUCAGCCAAGGGCAAGGAGGGAAUUGAGAAUUCAAGAGCCCAAUGCUCAUACUGGGGAAAUCAAUGUGGCGUUUAAGGAGCCUGUGCAUAAGAUUCUGGAAUGA